AUGCACGGCGCUUCGACUUCGUCGUCAUCGCCGCAGGCAGCGGCGCCAGUUGCGCUACCCCCACUGCGCUGCCCUGGCGGACCGCGUGUCAAGGCAGAGGGCAUCAAGCAGCUGUACAAAGUACCGCACGCAGGGUUCCUUGCCAAGUACGACCAGCGCUUCAUGUUAAACCUCAAGCUCACUCAUCAACUCGUCAGCUAUCUUAGUCGCACAACACUCACGACGCCGGACAAGGUGCUGGUGGAGUUGGGACCCGGUGUCGGGUCACUCACACGGAGUCUGCUGACGCGGCCUUGCGUCGGCGUCCUUGGGAUCGAGGUGGACGAGCGCUUCAACCCACAUCUGGAGCAGAUCCGUAACUACACAAACAAUAAGUUCCAAUGGGUGACGGCCGACGUGCUCAAGGUGGACGAGCUGGAGCUGCUGAAUUCGGCCUUUCCGCAUUUUGUCAAGGCCAACGUAAGGCGGCCACCCAGCCCUGGGCAGGAGACUUGGGCGGCCAACUCGGCAGCCGGCCCUGCUGCAAGCAGUGGAGCGCAGAGAGCGGCCUUUACUGACGACACCGCUGAGAACGACGCGGAGGGGUACGAGGGUGCGCCUUUGCGCUCGGCUCAACGUGAACGGCUGCUGCGUCAGCGCCGCGCGCGGCAGUCCUACCAACACAGUGACGACACCCACCACAGCGGUGCUGGAGGAGUGGCAGACCCGGAAACAGCAACAUCGCCUAACCCUGCCUUCGAUGUGACGAAUCACUGGUGGUCCAACGGGAAUGCGAAGGUCGAGGUAAUUGCAAACCUGCCCUUCGAGAUCAUCACGGAGCUACUGAUGCGCUACGCAGCGGACUGUUCGCAGCAUCGCGGGCUCUUCGCCUUUGGCCGUGUGCCGGUACACGUCUUCACCCAGCGCGAGGUGGCCGAGCGCAUUCUGGCACCGGCUGGGUCCGUGCAGUUCAGCCGCCUUUCUGUCCUCUGCCAGUGCUUCUUUCACGUUCGCCUCAAGCAGACAUUUGUAGACCAGACGUACUACCCCCGCACAGAGGUGGAGGGCGCGAUGCUGACGCUGGAGCCCCGCUCUGUGCCACUCGCACACGGCCUCGAUGCGUCCACCCUGAUUCACUUUACCAACCUGCUCAUGAAGCCGGGACUGCGCGCCGCCACUGUGCACAAGUCGCUCUCUCGAUUCGCACCUGCCGAGUUGGUGCAGUACAUGCUGCAGGAGCUGCGGAUGGACGGCGCGAUGACAGUGCUGGACUUGUCUGUGGUCGAGGUCACCCGCUUGGCUUGCCUGUGGCAGCAGUUUGUGACCAUGUCGCAACAACAACCACAGCAGGAGAGCGACGGUGCCGAGGCAGAAGCUGGGAGCUGCAACGCCGGAUCCCCAAAUGGCGCCGUGUAG